UGUACUUCCUGCAGAAGGCCCCGGGCUCCUGCAACCUUCAGUAGAUAGCAUCCCGGCCGCAGGUAGUCAUUUCGCACAUGAGAAGCCUCCACGCAGCGCAAUGAGGGCUAAGAGAUCAAGGGCAGGAUGCUCGCAAUGUCGCCGCUUGAGAAUCAAGUGUGACGAGCAAUAUCCAACAUGUCGCGAGUGCGUAAAGCGCGAUCGCGUAUGCAAUUUGUCAGAAUGUCGAUUUCGCAGCUUUGAGCCCCAGAGCGACACAAGAUCCGAGUCUGCUAUGUCUCGCGUCGCUGAUGGCCCUGACGCAUUUCUCCACGCAAGGAGUCACAGGUUUAAGACGUCAAAGAAUGCUAGCUCACAGUCUGCGUCGCAUUCAAUCUCACGCAAGCGCAGUGAUAGACCAAGCUCUCCCGAAGAAUUUGACGUCGGGAGUGAAUCAACCACCUCCAACACAGCACAUUCUACCACUCCUGGAGGCAGGACUAGGUUACCUUAUGGUCCCGAGGACUUGGAGGGCCCCGAUGAUAUAGCGGCGACGUUCAAUCAUCCCCAGGCUGAUGCGCCCAACCGUGUGGAUCAGCCAUGGACGUGUGGUUCUCCCCUGGGCGGAAGCCCGACCUGGCGGCUGCCUCAACCCAAGGCUUGCUAUCCUGUAGACACAGCGGUCACGAACACGAAAAAUGGCUCGCCCAUUGCAAACGGCCUACAGACUUCAGAAGAGAGGGCCUUCUUUCUCCGCCACUUUUCAAACACACCAGGAAAAUGGAUGGACUUGUUCGAUCAAGAUUGCUUCUACAGCCGCCAAGUACCCAUACUGGCCCUGUCCAGCCCCCUCAUCAUGUCCUCAGCGUGUGCGUUUGCGGCUCGGCAACUGAGCUUGACCGUGGGACGACAACCGCCACCAAGCCCUUACUGUACUGCUACCCAGAGUCAUGCAGAUAACAUGCAGAAGCGCGACUACGCGUGGUUCGCCGAGGCGUACUACGAUGCGGCCAUAUCGCUGCUCCGACAGCACACUUCAGAUGUUGCGGCACAAGGCCAGACGCCAGUCGUCCAUACAGGCACAGAUGCAGAAGCUCCCAUAGUCCCUCGAGCGCGGGUCCACGAUGAAGUUGUCGUUGCCGUCACCAUCCUAAGCAACUACGAAUUUCUAGGCGGCGUUGCUCCAAACUGGUCCUCCCACCUCGACGGCGCCCGCUCUUUCCUGCGUCUGGCAGACGAGGCCGGCUUCUUGGACUUUGCUUAUCCAUCUCCUACUGCCAACUCUUCUCCAGGUCCCUUGCAGCCACUUCGCCAUGCAUUUUGGAAUUUUGUUCGGCAAGACAUGCUCUCCGCCCUGAUACAUGGGCGAAGGACACGGGUAGAAAUGGACGAUAUCGCCAUGUGGCGACGGAUGGGCCUCAACCUGGAUCCAAACGGCCGCGUCGCCGACUUGGGUAGUGCAUCUCAGCAGCACGACAGCGCUGAUAGGGUCGACAUGAUUUCAAACACUCUGGUUUGGCUACUGGCCAAACUCGUCAACUUUUUGGCAACGUCGAACGACGAGGUCAAUACUUGGUCAAAUCCAGCUGAAUCGGAUGCCAUGCCAGAGACUGAUACAUUCCGGAGCAAGUGGUUUGCGCUCAAAGAUGAGUUACAGCUGUGGUUCGACACCUUGCCGCCCAUAUUCCAGCCAUGUAGUCGGGUAUCCCUGCCGAACAAGAGCUCGAGCAGGAGCUCGAGCUGCCAAUGCAGAGCUCAACCACUCAUCGACCACGAGACUUGGUAUAGUGACAAUAUGUGCGCAUCCUCUAUGCAGUCAUACUACAUGGCGCACAUCAUCCUGCUGUUGCACAAGCCACGGGCUGUCUCCGUACGGCAGCUGCCCUGGGCGUCGGGGACACAGCCUACUGGCCGGAGCCGAUUUCCGGAUACCCUCGCGGACUUGAACCAAAUGAAUGAAAUGCUGCAGUAUUUUGCCGUUGAGAUUUGCGCCAUCGCAUUGUCGCGUCCUGAAGAAGCGGCGCGCGUUCAUAUGCUCCAACCGCUUUAUUUGGCUGGCCGAUGCCUCACCGGCAUCAUGGAUCGCGGUAUGGUGGUGCAGCUGAUCGACAGUAUCGAGGACGAGCUCGGAUGGCAUGCUAAAUAUCGAGUUGACGCGCUUCUCGAGGAGUGGGACUUGACCAGAGAGGCAUUGGUGUGCUGCCAUGGGACUGCUUGAAUCAAGGACACGGAAACCUGGGAAGAAAGUCUAGGAGAGAGGGUACGUACUGUUCAGGAUCUCAUCCAUUUGAUGCAAACCCACGCAGCAUCUGCAAUCUUUGCCAGAUGCAAUUUAGCA